AUGUACCAGAAACUGAUGCCCGCGACAUCGCCAGGGCCAGACCCCUCUACAUACCCAGAGCCGGACCCAUCUGUCGCGACAGCGGGUCCGGCCCGGCCGCAGCGCGAACACGGGGCCCCUGCGGGCCCCAACCCGGGGUUUCGGGGCAAACCCCGGCCGGCAGCGCCGGGCCCGGGCCGGGGCCGGACACGGGCCGGGCCUGCCGGGGCACCGGAGCCACCGGGCGACCACGGGGGUCCCGCCGCGCCCCCGCCCCGCUCGUUCGGAGCCUCACGGCGGCCCCGGCUCCCCCCAGUGCCCCCCGGCCCGGCCCGGCCCUGCUCACCGGCGGUGCGGGCCCCGCAGCCCCGCUCGAGCAGCCGCUCCGCCCGCGCCCGUCACCUGACGGCCCGGAAGCGCGGCCGGCGGAAGGGACCGGGCCGGGGCUGGGGCCGUUCCGCCCGCCCGGCACCGCCCGCGGCUCCCCCGCACCCGGCACCGGAGGCGCUGCCCCGGCGGCCCCUCCUGUGCUCCCCCCCAGACCCCGCACACGGGCGUUACCUGCGCUCCGGUAGAACGGCCGGGGCUACUCGGCCCGUUCCGAGCCCCCCCCCCCGCGCCCCUGAGCGCUGCGGCUGCCCCGGUUUGGCUGCCGGGGGAGGUGUCCAAACGGCGGCCUCUGGGGAGAGCACAAAACGCGGGCGGACUACAGCUCCCGGCAUGCCCCGCUGUUGGACUGCAGCUCCCGGCAUGCCCCGCUGUUGGACUGCAGCUCCCGGCGUGCCACGCGCCUGCAACAUGGCGGCGCCCAGGGGCGGCUCGGGCCCAGACACCGACACCGGCAGCAGCUCGGACUCGGACGGCGGCGGCGAGGCCGCGGCGCGGUUCCGGGAGGCCGCCUGGGACUGUGCGGCGCAAGCGGCGGCGGCUGCACCACGGGCGGAGCCGCGCGGCGGUGGCUUUAGGAAGGAUCUGUUACAGCCCAAAGAUCAGCCAAGCCUGAGGCGGGAGGUGAACGGCUGCCAGGAGGGUGACAACGAGCUCCACACAACUGCAGAGUUCAGAGCACACGUGGCCAAGAAACUGGGAGCAAUGCUGGACAGUUUCAUCACUGUUUUGAAGGACUCAUCAGGACCUUCUCAGACCUCUGUGCCACAGUCUGACUCUGCAGAUGAUGGUUUUCGCCUCUUCUCCUCCUCUGUCCCUGGAGACUGUGGGAAACCAGAGCCUUGCCCUGCAGCAAGGAGGAGGCGCCCAGUGAGCUCCAGCGACACGGACAGUGACCAGGAAUGGCAAAGGUUCCAGGAGGCUGCUGUGUCAGCUGCAGAUAUUCUGAAGCAAAGUGCUUUUCCUGCACUAUCCCAGGAUUCCAGCCAGGAUCAGAGUCAGGGUUGUGUAGAGCACAACCAGAAAAAAAAGAAGAAGAAGAAGAAGAAAAUUAAGGGAGAGAAAAAUAUUCAAGAGAAAAGAAUAGACCCAGUAGAGUGUGACCAGAUCUGCAAAGAUUUGCCUCGGUUGGUGUCUGCAAAUGGACAGCAGGAGAGACAGAACAGCAAUCAUGGAGACAACUCAGUGCUGCCAGGAGCUGUGAAGAAGAAAAGGAAGAAGAAAAAAUUAGAAUGAUGGUUUUACUCUGCAAACAGCAGGCAGUUGUGAUGGAUGAAGGAAAUGAAAGAAAACUUAACAACAAGAGUUGCUGCAGAGGAGGGAAAAUUAAUUGGCAGAGCUUCUGUUCUAAAAGCUCAGUGGCCUGAGAGACUAAUUAAGUGCCUUCCUGUGCUGUUGGCACCCCUGUGGAAGGGAACAUUGUUCUCCUCACAUGGCAGUUGUCUGUGCUGCUGCUUGUGCAGGCCAACCCUAAAAGGACGAAAUCCUGUGCCAGACUUGUUUGACAGAGGGGUGUAAUCACAGCUGCAUCCCUCCUGCUCUGUCUUCACAUCAUGAAACCAAAUCUGGUGUCCUGGAGAAAGUACAUGAUGAAUUGAAUUUGGUUUACAUGGCAACAGACAAAAAGCUGUAAGGAACCUUUAGUAAGAGUAAGCACCACGAGGUUAAACAAUGGGACAGACCACCUUGAUAUGAGUUUUAGAAGACAGACAUAGAAGAUUUCCAGGACCUCAUAAAAGACUUAUUUUCUUCAGCAAGAGACCAGAAAGCAGCAAAAUUCUCAGGUGAGAGAAGCCUUCAUUUCCCCGAGGUGGGUUCUGAAUUGCUGCCUUGGACCAGACCCUGCUCAGACAGAGGUUCAGAGCUGUGAAGUGCUCAGGACCAUCCUCUGACCCUUUCCUCAGGAGCUGCAAGCCCUGCACAGCCUGGAGCCGGGCUGGGCACAGAGGGAAGACAUGGUCUGCACCCAGAGCACCAUGUGGCCUCCCUGCAGGGCGUUAACAAAGCUCAGAUGGACACAGAAGACUUUCUUUGCGCGGCUAAAAAGAAGUAACAAUUCGGAGUCCACGUAAAAACAUGUAAUGAUUCCUUAUACACACAGAAGUCCUGAUGAUGCAGCUUCUGCUUGCCUUGGAGACCUUCAGCUGCAGAGGCUUUUUUUUGAAACCAGUGAACUCUGAAGUCUAUAAACCCAGAAGUGAACAUCUGUUUUUAUGCUGGGACCUCACUGAACGCUACAACUGGAUGCCAUGUGGAGAACUGAAUAUGGAAACCUUUCAAAUACUAAGGAGGAGGUAAAUAUUCCCUGUCACCUUAUCCUGAAGGUCUUUUUCCCUUGGUCUGUUAGAAUUGUCCAUUUUAAACUGCAGGACCCUGGAGAAUUAGCAAAAGAACCCAGCAAACUUACCCACUUGAUCUUGCCAUUGACUGGGACCUGCCAGGCUGUGCCACUGAAUGGUUCAGCACUCCAUUAAAGUAUUUCAGAUUCUUCAGUGCAGGAAAACCAGUGAGCUUUUCAGUGUUUCUUAAAUGUUACAGAUUUAAGGAAUGGAGGGGAUUCCUGCUGCAAAUUAGCCAGUAUCCCUAUUUUACAGCCUGGCACUAAGGAUUGCAAUAUCCUAUUUCCCAGUGCCGUGACGUGCAGUUGUGAGGUGAUGAGACAGUAGAGGCCAGGGUGGAAGCUGCAGAGCUUUUACCAGUUAGAUUCUAGUUCUAAUAGUAGAGCAAGAGCUCAGUUGCAGAGUCUGGCCAUAAUCCAAUGCUCUCCUGUAACUGAAUUGUGCUCAAGGGUUGUACCUUGAGAAUGAAUAUUUGAAAUAAGGAGGUCUUGGGUUUGCUAACCCAUCUCAUCUGUUACCAGUGCUUAGUAUGUGUUGAUGUCCUGAAUUGUAGCAAUUUCCCAGGCCAUGGCUUGAUCCUCAAGUCACUCUGAUUAAUGUGAUCUUGGUAAUGUGCAAGUGGAGACUUUUAAAAUUCAGAGCACCGAGUGAGACCUGCUUGUUUUCCUCAUGUUUGCAGUAUUGGUUCUGUAUUUUUUCCCCUGCAGAAUGUUUUCUCUAGGUGUAAUUAAUCUGGUGGUUGAGACCCCUCAAAUUCAGUGUUUCUUGACAAGACAUAAGCAGCGUUACAGCACUAAUCUGGUCAGUUUAAUAGCAAGCUCACAAACAAUUGUACAUUAACAAAUCAGUUUGGAUGCAGAUUGGACAAAAUAUAUCAGUAAUCACAAGAAGUCUGAUUUCUAUUUUAUUUUAAUGGCAAGUUUUAAUAAAGAUAUUAAACAUGUUCAA